UUGUAUUUCUUCGGCGCACAUAGUGUAACACCAAACAAUGUUGUAUGUGUCAGUAAGGAAUGACGUUUAUUUAUGCAGCUCUCAGUUCUAAACUUCACUGUCAGAAUAUGUGACAUUCAAUGACUCCAGCUGGUGACUGAUUGACAAAACAUUUUGGUUUACUAUCUAUUUAAUGAUACCAUUAACUGGUUUGCAUUAGUGUUUUUUUGCAUUAGCUUUUGGCUAGCAAGCAGGCUAACAGAACGUGUUAUACUGCCAUUAUCUCCCAUAUUCGUUUAGGUCAGUUCUUUUUUCAGGUUAUCAGAGAUGCAGUUCAUCAAAAGCACCGGGUGUCCUGCACUCAUUCAGUUAAAUUCUCACGCAGUGCAAUCCUUUAGCUGUCCAAACCUGUAUUGUAAAUGUUACAUUGCACGUUUUCAGCUCCAGCUGCAACCUUAAUUCUCUUGAGAUUAAAUAUACUUUAGAAAACGCGUCAGGAUGUACAAGCAGUGGUCUGCAGAUUUAAAUUCAGAUGCGAAGCUGAUGUGGAAACAGUCAGAAUCCAGCCUGCAGCCAAAUGGAGAAAAAACAAGUCCCAUAAGCGUUAUACUAGUUAGCUCUGGCAGCAGAGGAAAUAAACUGCUCUUCCGAUACCCGUUCCAGAAGAUAUCUGAAAAUACCUCAUCAGCAGCAUCAAAACAGCGGAGUCCAUAUGUGUUGAAUACAUCAGGUGACACUACGGAGGAUCAGGAUGGUGAUUCAAGAGAACAAACUCCACUAACUGAUGAACAGUUGGUAGAAGGGUUUUCUGAUAUUAUUCUCGCCACCAUCUUGGCCACCAAGUCUGAUAUGUGCGGCAAGAAGUUUGAACUAAAAAUAGACAAUGUGCGCUUCGUCGGACAUCCAACCUUACUGCAGCCUCCGCACAGUAUUCAGGUCUCUAAAACUGACCCCUCCCCCAAAAGAGAGCUGCCCACCAUGAUCCUGUUCAGUGUGGUUUUUGCAUUAAGGGCCAAUGCAGACGCCUCAGUCAUCAACUGUAUGCAUAACCUGUCUCGUCGCAUUGCCAUAGCCCUGCAGCACGAGGAGCGCAGAUGUCAGUACCUCACCAGAGAGGCCAAGCUCAUGCUAGCAGUGCAGGACGAGGUCACCACCAUGACUGAGACAGACGGCACCCCACAGUCGCCGUUUCGCCAGAUCCUUCCCAAGUGUAAAUUAGCUAGAGACCUAAAAGAGGUCUAUGACAGUCUCUGCACAACUGGAGUUGUUCGGCUUCACAUUAAUAACUGGCUUGAGGUCAGUUUCUGCCUGCCACACAAAAUCCACCGUGUUGGAGGGAAACACAUCCCACCAGAGGCUCUUGAGCGCAGCCUAAAGGCCAUUCGGCCAUAUCACGCACUGCUGCUGCUGGACAAUGAAAAGGCCUUGCUGGCUCAGCUCCCUCUGGACUGCUCUCCUGCUCUAGUGCGGCUCAUCAAGACCUGCUCAGCCGUGAAGAACCUGCAGCAGCUGGCUCAAGACGCUGACCUGGCUCUCCUGCAGGUCUUCCAGAUAGCUGCGCAUUUGGUGUACUGGGGUAAAGCCAUCAUUAUCUACCCUCUCUGUGAGAACAACGUGUAUAUGCUCUCCCCCCAUGCAAACAUCUGCAUCUACUCUCCUCUGGCUGAGCAGUUCGCCCUCCAAUUUCCAGGUCAUGACCUGCCCUCCAUGUUAGCCAAGUUCUCACUUCCUGUAUCUCUGUCUGAGUUCAGGAAUCCACUGGAUGCCCCUGUGCAUGAGGCCCAGCUCAUUCAGAUGGUGGUAUGGAUGCUCCAGCACCGGCUGCUGUUUCAGAUCCAUACGUAUGUUUAUCUGAUGGUCCCACCCAUCGAGGAAGAGCCUGGUCUGCGGGAGGAGGAGCCACCCCUUGUCGCACGUGUUACAGGCCGAAGUCUGAGCACGCCCAGUGCCCUGAGCUUCGGCUCUCCCACAAGUAGCGAUGACAUGACCCUGACGAGUCCCAGUAUGGAUAACUCCAGCGCUGAGCUGCAGACCGGAGGAGACUCUCCUCUCAAUAAAAGAAUGACGGAAACUCUUCUGGCCAGCCUGACUGAACAUGAGCGGCAGGCCAUCCUCUGUGUCCCAGCGGCGCAGAACCCAGAGGAUCUACGCUUGUUUGCCAGGCUGCUGCAUUACUUCAGAGGCCAUCAUCACCUGGAAGAGAUCAUGUACAAUGAGAACAUGCGUCGCUCGCAGCUGAAAACUUUAUUCGACAAGUUUCGCAGUGUUUUAGUGAUAACCAACCAUGAGGACCCCAUCAUCUCUCUGUUUCAGUCGCCACCAGAGUAAUAGAUCAUUCAGCUCGCCAUGAGUCUGAGAACGGUGUGACGUGUUUGCUCAUCAUCAGUGGCUUAAAUAACCUAAAUCAGGAGAAAAAUGCUUUCAGCUGCAACAAAAUAAUGACCUGCUCGGUUUCAGAAGAGGCUUAUGGAGUGAGUCUCGCAUAAUCUACUGUAUAUAACUGCAUUGACCAAAGAUUUUUAUGUUGUCAUGAUUUUACCUCAUAUGUGGUUGAUUUUAAUAAAUGAUUCAGGGGUCGUGA